UCAAAAAUAACAUAGAUGCAUCUACUUUGAAUGAAUUAAUUGAAAAUAACAUAGCUACAUCAACUGCGACUAAUGAAUUAAUCAAAUUCCAACUAAAUAAGCUAGACAAUCUUGAGUCAAAUGAUACAGAA